AAAAGGGGACUUAUCUGAAGAGAGCGAUGAAAAAUAGAUAGAGAUGAAUUGGGUUCUGGGUAUGAGGAGAAACCCUAAUCUAUAAAGCUCAAAUAAAGCCUUAGCGAAAUCGAAUGCUCUCUCUGAUCUGACUUACCUCUUCUCUUUCUCUCUCUCUAUCUCUAGCCCACCGUGCCCUCCGUCGCAAACUCGAAGUCCAACCCCACUGUUAAGUCUCUGUUCUCGUGGUCUUUUUCCAAUGGCAAAGGAUCAAUCAAUCUCUCUGAAAGAUGGUGUCUACAAAUUGCAACUUUCCCUCCUUGAAGGCAUUAGUGAUGAAAGCCACCUUUUUGCUGCUGGAUCUCUGAUGACACGCAGUGACUAUGAAGAUGUUGUGACUGAGCGUUCAAUUACAAACCUCUGUGGUUACCCUUUGUGCUGCAAUUCUCUGCCCUCUGAUCGCCCUAGGAAGGGCCGGUUUCGCAUUUCCUUGAAGGAACACAAGGUUUAUGAUCUGCAGGAGACAUACAUGUAUUGCUCUUCAAGUUGUGCUGUUAACAGCCAAGCUUUUGCUAAGAGCUUGCAAGAUGAGAGAUGCUCAGUUGUAAAUUCAGAAAAACUUAAUGAGGUUCUGAGAUUGUUUGGGAAUACGAGUUUGGAUUCUGAGGGGAAUUUAGGAAAGAAUGGAGAUUUAGGAUUGUCUGGCUUGAAGAUUCAGGAAAAAAAAGAAAUCAAGGCAGGGGAAGUGUCUCUGGAGCAGUGGAUUGGUCCAUCAAAUUCAAUUGAAGGUUAUGUUCCACAGAGAGACCAUAGUUCCAAUCCUUCACCUUCCAAAAAUCGCAAAGAAGGGUCCAAAGUUAACAAUACCAUGUCGAGUGGUAAAAAAGACUUCCAUAUUAGUGAGAUGGACUUCAUGAGUUCUAUAAUCACUGAAGAUGAAUAUAGUGUCUCAAAAAUGCCAUCAGGUUCAACAGAGACUGCUUCCAACACUAAAUUUAAAGAACCAAAAGAAAAAAUGAGUUACAUGGAUUUAGAUGGUCAACUCUCCACAUUGGAAAACCCACCUGCUCUCGCAAAGAAUGGUUCUGAAUGGAAAUCAAGCGGAUCAAUUGGGGAAAAGAGUAAAAUAAUAAAAAAGGAUGAUCCUGGUAUACAAGAGGUGCCUUCAGCAUCAAAUCCCUGCCAAACUAGUUUCAAUUCAAGUACUGCAGAAGCAGAAGAGGAAGUCCAAGCUGAGAAAGUGGCCAAAUCAAGUAAAAUAAUAAUCAAAUCCUCUCUUAAACCUUCAGGUGCUAAGAAGCUUAGUCGCUCUGUUACCUGGGCUGAUGAGAAAGUUGAUGGCACUGGGAGUGGAAAUCUUUGUGAGUUUAGUGAUGGGGAAAAUAAAGAAAGUCAUGAGAUGUUAGGCAGUACAGAUGUGGGAGAUAAUGAUGAUAUGCUACGCUUUGCAUCGGCUGAAGCUGUGGCAAUGGCAUUGAGCGAGGCAGCAGAAGCUGUUGCUUCUGGUGAAUUUGAUGUCACUGAUGCUGUGUCUGAAGCUGGAAUUAUUAUAUUGCCACAUUCCCAUGAUGCUGAUGAAGGGGAGUUGAUGGAAGAUGGUGAUCUGCUUGAACCAGAACCCGCUCCUUUGAAGUGGCCAACAAAGCCUGGAAUUCCACAAUCCGAUUUUUUCGACCUUGAAGACUCGUUGUAUGACCCUCCGCCAGAGGGUUUUGGUUUAAGUUUGUCUCCUUUUGCGACAAUGUGGAUGGCUCUCUUUGCGUGGAUAACAUCGUCUUCCUUGGCUUAUAUAUAUGGGAGGGACGAAAGUCUUCAUGAAGAAUAUCUAUCAGUAAAUGGGAGGGAGUACCCCUGUAAGAUUACCUUGGCAGAUGGUCGUUCAACUGAAAUCAAGCAAACGCUUGCUGGUUGUCUUGCUCGGGCUUUGCCUGGACUAAGUGCUGAUCUAAGACUGCCAACACCAAUUUCUACUUUGGAGCAAGGAAUGGACUAAGUUUUAUUCUGCAUAGCACGGUGAUAACAUCAGUUGGUAGAUUAGCCACUGGAAUCCUGUCUCCUAUUGCUGUCAAUUGAGUAUACAACAUGUUCAUAUUACAAGAGAGGCAUACAAGUUAAAAAGCCAGUGAAGAACUUAUGACACGAAAUCAAUUAUGGAUGAAAAUGUUUUCAGCUUUCCAUUCUCUUGUUACCACCUUCCAUGAGCUAAUUGUAUCUGCAUUUUUUUUUUUGAAAAAGAUUUGGUUCCAAACAUGUUUGGAGCCUUGGGUUCCAACCACCAAUAGGAAGAUGAUCUGUGUCCCAUCAUGUGCAAUACAUGACUGACUUGGUUGAAUGUCAUCUUCCUAUUUUGGUGGUUGGAGCCCAAGGCACCAAUCAUGUUUGCAGCCAAACUUUGUCCCUUUGUAUUUUACUCUUAAAGUCCAUUUUGAUUGAGGGGGAGGGAUGUGGAGUAGAGUAGAGUGAAAUUGGCCCAAAAUUUGCCUAUUUUUAACUAACUCUACUCUAUUCCCCUCUACUCUCCCUCCCUCCCCUCUCAAUCCAAACGGGCCAUUAGGUAUAUCGAGAGCCAAUAAUUCCCUGACUACCAAUUUGUAUGUUAGGCUUCUUUUCAUUUGCAUAAUCUUCUUGGUGAUACUUGGGUCUCUCUUUUCCUUUUAUUCUAAGAAAUUCAAUACUUGUGUCAUUAUCCCAACAAUCCCUACUUUGCAGUUGAAUAUCCUUUUAAAAUCACAUGAAAAUAAUAUGUUAGAAAAUAUAUGUUUGUUCCAUUUUGGUCAUUUUCACACCAUGAGAUGGUAAGGCGCGAUGGUUAUGAGGGAAUGAUAUCACAUAAUUUUAAUAUAUAAUUUUCAUUUUCAAUUAUUUGGCAAAAUAUCCUCUAUAAAGUUAAUGUAAUCAUCCAAAAUAUCAAAUCAAUUGUUUUUGAUUGGUGAGCAAUUGCUAAGAAUUUUUGAUACAAGGGCUGAAGGAAUGAUGUCAUAUAAUUUUAAAAUACAAUUUUACGCUUCUUUUCUUGGCAAAAAAUUCUCUCAAGUUAGUGUAAUCAUCCAAAUAUCAAUGACUUGUUUUUAUUUGGUGAGCAAACACUAAGAAGUUUGG